AGGCCGUCGUCUACUGGUGUAAUUCGGCGACAGGGAGGAAAAUACUGUUUAAAAUCGAUUUUUACAUCUUCAAGGGAAAGAUUGACUUUGUCGCGAAGUGUUUGGCCGGUAAUUUUGCACACAAACUGUCGUUUACAAACAGGCAUUGUAGCAUCAGGAGGAUCUGCGGAAUCCGUGUAGGGCUACCACAGAAUCCUGGGACAUAAAAGAACAUCGUACUAUGCAACAGUGAGCAGCACCUGACCCUUUUCAAGCCUUUAUUCCAGUGGUUCCAGGUGAACCUGUGGCCCCUUUCCCCCCCAUCUUCCUGCGUGGUUCUCCCGCCCCCCCUUCCACUCCACCUAACCCCUACCCCCCUCCACGCACACCUUCACGGGGCUGCUUGCACAGCCCCCCCCCCCCCAGCCCCUUUCUCAAUCACACACACGGGGCCUGACUAAAAAAACACUCCACACACACCCCUCACCAACUCACCUCAGCCCCCCUCUGAGUUCACCCUCUGCUCCUUACCCACUGGGGGGCUGAUUACCCGCUCACACACACACACACACAUACAUAACACAUACGCACACGCUAACCAAUCAAGAGGAGAGGGAAACACACACACACACACACACACACACACAUACAAAUACGCAACCAACUCGCUUGCCCCUUCUUCGCCUCCCACCUGGUUUAUCCGGCGUCCCCCCCACCCCCCCUUUCCUCCUCGUCCUCCUCCUCAUCCUCCUCUUCUUCAGUCAUGUCCUCCAUCUUGCCUUUCACCCCUCCGGUGGUGAAGCGGCUCCUCGGCUGGAAGAAGUCGGCGAGCGGCUCGGGAGGAGCCGGCAGUGGCGGCGGCGAGCAGAACGGACAGGAAGAGAAGUGGUGCGAGAAGGCGGUCAAGAGCCUGGUCAAGAAGCUCAAGAAGACGGGCCAGCUGGACGAGCUGGAGAAGGCCAUCACCACGCAGAACUGCAACACCAAGUGUGUCACCAUCCCCAGCAAUUGCUCUGAAAUGUGGGGUCUGAGCUCGCCCAAUACGAUAGAACAGUGGGAAACGUCAGGCCUGUACAGCAGCUCUGACACGACCAGGUCUCUGGAUGGCCGGCUGCAGGUGUCUCACAGGAAGGGUCUUCCUCACGUCAUCUACUGUCGCCUGUGGCGCUGGCCCGACCUGCACAGCCACCACGAGCUGCGCGCCAUCGACACCUGCGAGUACGCCUUCAACCUCAAGAAGGAUGAGGUCUGCGUCAACCCCUACCACUACCAGAGGGUGGAGACGCCAGUGCUGCCCCCUGUCCUCGUGCCAAGACACACAGAGAUCCUGACUGAGCUGCCUCCUUUGGAUGACUACACCCAUUCCAUCCCCGAAAACACCAACUUCCCCGCCGGGAUCGACCCACCAAACAACUACAUACCUGAGACUCCCCCUCCGGGCUACAUCAGUGAGGAUGGAGAGACCAGUGACCAGCAGUUGAAUCAAAGUAUGGACACAGGUUCCCCCGCUGAGCUGUCUCCCAGCACACUCUCACCUGUAAACCAUGGCAUGGACCUACAGCCGGUGACCUACUCGGAGCCGGCGUUCUGGUGCUCCAUAGCGUACUACGAGCUGAACCAGCGGGUGGGCGAGACCUUCCACGCCUCGCAGCCCUCGCUCACCGUGGACGGCUUCACCGACCCGUCCAACUCGGAGCGUUUCUGCCUGGGCCUGCUGUCCAACGUCAACCGCAACGCCACCGUGGAGAUGACCCGCAGACACAUAGGCCGCGGUGUGAGACUGUACUACAUCGGCGGAGAGGUGUUUGCAGAGUGUUUGAGCGACAGCGCCAUCUUCGUUCAGAGCCCCAACUGUAACCAGCGGUAUGGAUGGCACCCUGCCACAGUCUGCAAAAUCCCCCCAGGCUGCAACCUGAAGAUCUUCAACAACCAGGAGUUUGCGGCUCUGCUGGCCCAGUCGGUGAACCAGGGCUUCGAGGCCGUCUACCAGCUCACCAGGAUGUGCACCAUCCGCAUGAGCUUCGUCAAGGGUUGGGGCGCAGAGUACAGACGACAGACGGUUACGAGCACCCCUUGCUGGAUCGAGCUGCAUCUCAACGGGCCUCUGCAGUGGCUAGACAAGGUUCUGACCCAGAUGGGCUCUCCUUCGGUCCGCUGUUCCAGUAUGUCCUAAAGCCCCCCCCCCCUCCCCGCCACCACGACCGUUGCCCCCGACAACCGAGUCUACAAUCACAUAAGAGAAAGAAAAAGAAAAAAAACAAACAAAAAAAACAUACAAAAACGACAAAAAACAAACAAAACAAAACUAUGACAACUAGAAGAACAACAGACUUGCUAUAACCCCUAUUUCAUAGUACUUGUGAAUCCUUUUUCUCUUUCUCUUUCUCUCUUUCUCUUUCUCUCUCUUCUCUCGCUUUCUCCUGACACUGAUGUGUUCACUGUUCGGAACAGAGCCCGGCACUUGCUGUUUGUUCAGCUUCACGCACCUUUGAUUCUUUUCUCCUAAACCCUCAAUAUUAAGUGUAUUAGUGGUAGAACUGAAAUGUAUAUUGAUUUUUAGAGGACCAGGGAAAGAUGUGUAUGUUGUGGGGAAUCAUCAGAAGGCAGGUAAUACUUGGCACAAGUGUUGCAGUGAGCUUUUUUUUUUUAUUAUUAUUAAUUUUUUUUUUCCCUCAAUGAAGUUAUGAAAUUUAAUACGGUAAAUACUUCUGGCUUUGAGCUCUAAAAAUUUGUCUGCUGGACAAAAGUUACUUUUUCUGGCAAAAAGUUGCAUUUCUGACAUUUUUGUUGUCUUUGCAAGACUAAUUGAAAUGGUCCAAAAGUAUUAACUCUCAUUGAUCUUGCCUGUUAUUUUCCUCAGUUUAUAUUGUUUUUGUUCUGAAAGGAAUGCCAAAAGAUGCUCUCCCCUGCCCCCCUUCCAUUUCCAAAAAAAAAGGUAAAAUCACGAUUGCUGCCCCCUACCUCACCCCCCCUUCGCCCCCCCCCCACUUGAAGAGAAUGUUGCCUUUUUUAAUUUGAGGUGUGCUGUUCUAAGACAUGCUUCUUUUAAAUUGAAUAGGAACAGAUAGGAAUGUUAUGUCAUAAAGGAAACCCAGCCAAAACUCCAAUCACGUGAAAGCUAUUAAACCCCGCCUCCAAUCUGACACUCCCAGCAGAAGGUCCGCUCUGGUCCGAGGCACUCUGGUGCUGGUUCUGAGCCUCGUUGCGGCUGUCUCGGCCUCCCCUCUCGGACCCGAGAUGGGCUGGUCAGAGCAGUGGUGUCCAGAGUGACCUACCUCUCAGCUUGGGGCUUCUAGUGAAUUCUAUUCUUGCGGUCACUUACGAGUAAAUUGAUAAAGAACACGGUCUCUCAGUCCAAAAUCUUUCAAAAUUCAAGUAUUUAAGCUUUAAGUGUUGAUAAACUAGGCUAUCCUACACAAUUACAAGAUUAUUUUUUUGCUUUUAUCUUUCUUUUAGCUACUUUUUGUAUUUUCAUGUAUUUUUAUAUAUAAAUAUAUUUAAAAUCUUUAAAGCUCUCUUCCUUUUUAUUAGAAUUGAAUAUUUUUUUAGAUCAUGCCCUCUUUUUAUCGGAACAUGGUUUCAUAAAGUUCAAGUCCCGUCACGAAAAAAAAAAAAAAGGAUUCCGCAGACGCCACCUACCCCCAGUCUCCUACAGUAGCCCGCGGCUCCUCUCCUCAUCCUGCAUGUGCCCUCUCACAGAAAACAAACUCAAACAAACAAACAAAACACAUACAAUCAGCUGAACAGGCCUCUUAACUUCACCCUUUCACUUUCUCUUUCUUUUUCCUUCCUUUUGUUCCGUAGUCAGAGGAAAUAAACUGCCCUUGCUUUAUUGUUGUCAAGGAGCGCGAACUACCCCCCUUCUCCCCACACCCAAAGAGGUCAUUCAAUCAAUGGAAUAUCCCACCUUGAGUCCAAUGUUGAGCAAAGUCGGCUGUGUUUCAUUCAAUUUUCAAUUGGAUCGUAUAUCUUAAAAUGAGAGACUGCUUACACAGGGAGAGUAGUGCAAUUUUUUUUUUUCUUUAGUGUGUGCUUGUUCUACAACUUACUAAUAACUGUGAGCUAGCUGUCUGUCAUUCUUUACUUGUUGUGGCAGUGGCGAGACUUAUUUCAUUUUUAUUUUUUAUUUUUAUUAUUAUUAUUAUUAUUAUUAUUAUUUUUUGUUUUUUCUUCUGUGAAAUCUCCAUUCCUGCUCCUUCCUGCCCUGCCCAUUCUCUUUUGAUUUGAUCUGUCUUUGUUGAUCUUAUUACACUUGCGAUUGUAUUUCAAGUGCACCUAGUGAGAGUAGACAAAGAUGAUUGACAUGGCCGUUGCCAUGCCAACUCUGGGGAUCAUCGUGCCCACAUCAUUUUGACUGGGGAUGGAAAAAGGAUACCAAAUAGAUCUGUAAGUGGACCAGACAUAUAUGCAUAUAUAUGUGUAUAUAUAAUUUUAUUUUACUUUUUUUCAAUAAAAAAAAAAAUGUUUUUGGCAAAGCAUUUAACAGUUGGUGAGCUUGUUCUACAAUUAGAGAUGUUGAGGGUAGGACGUGUACUUCAGGCCAUAAGCUUUUCAGGCGUGUUGCAUAUGCAGACUUCAUAAAUACACUAAUAAAAGUUUUAAUUCUCAUGGU